CCCGAGGCAUCCAGCACCCACACCCUGGAAGGCUUUCGCCCCCACGUGGACUCACGGACUGCAGUCUGAGACUGGAGGGCUGAGCUGGGGCUUGGCGCCUCAGAGACAUCACAGCCUGCAGCCCGCGCGUCCACGUCCUUCCCAACACCGUGUGAACUUCUCCUCUCGGCGAUGGGCACCCGGUGGCCACUGUCGCCACUGCUGCUGCUGCUGUUGUUACUGCACCCUGUGGGCGCUGGUGCCCAGGACGAGGACGCAGACUACGAAGAACUGAUGCUAGCCCUCCCGUCCCAGGAGGAUGGCCUGGCGGGUGAGAUCCCGCAUGUGGUCACUGCCACCUUUCGCCGGUGCUCUAAGGAGGCCUGGAGGCUGCCAGGCACCUACGUGGUGGUGCUAUCAGAGAAGACAGAGCGGCUGCAGAUUGAACGAGCCACCCAUCGCCUGCAGACCCGGGCUGCCCGCUGGGGCUACGUCAUCAAGGUUCUCCACAUCUUCUAUGACCUCUUCCCUGGCUUCCUGGUGAAGAUGAGCCAUGACCUGUUGGGCCUGGCCUUGCAGCUGCCCCAUGUGGAGUACAUUGAGGAAGAUUCCUAUGUCUUUGCCCAGAGCAUCCCCUGGAACCUGGAUCGGAUUAUGCCAGCAGGGCACCAGACAGAGGAACACAGCUCCUCCUCCAGUAAGGUCCCCAAUGGAAGUGGCCAGGUAGAGGUGUAUCUCUUAGAUACCAGCAUCCAGAGUGACCAUCGGGAAAUUGAGGGCAGGGUCACCAUCACUGACUUCAACAGUGUGCCUGAGGAGGAUGGGACACGCUUCCACAGACAGGCCAGCAAGUGUGACAGCCAUGGCACCCACCUGGCAGGUGUGGUCAGCGGCCGGGAUGCCGGUGUAGCCAAGGGCACCAGCCUGCACAGUCUGCGUGUGCUCAACUGUCAAGGAAAGGGCACGGUCAGCAGCACCCUCAUAGGCCUGGAGUUUAUUUGGAAAAGCCAGCUAACCCAGCCUUCGGGGCCAUUGGUGGUGCUGCUGCCCCUGGCGGGUGGGUAUAGCCGGAUCCUCAACACCGCUUGCCAGCACCUGGCAAGGACUGGGGCAGUGCUGGUUGCUGCAGCUGGCAACUUCCGGGAUGAUGCCUGCCUCUACUCCCCAGCCUCUGCCCCAGAGGUCAUCACAGUUGGGGCCACCAAUGUCCACGACCAGCCAGUCACCCUGGGAGCCUUGGGGACCAACUUUGGACGCUGCGUCGACCUCUUUGCUCCCGGGAAGGACAUCAUUGGUGCUUCCAGUGACUGCAGCACAUGCUUCACAUCACAGAGUGGGACAUCACAGGCUGCCGCUCAUGUGGCUGGCAUCGUAGCCAGGAUGCUGACCCUGGAGCCGGAGCUCACCCUGGCUGAGCUGCGGCAGAAGUUGAUCCACUUUUCCACCAAAGAUGUCAUCAACAUGGCCUGGUUCCCUGAGGAUCAGCGGGUGCUAACCCCCAACCUGGUGGCCAUACUGCCUCCCAGCACUCAUGGGACAGGUGGGCAGCUGCUCUGCAGGACGGUGUGGUCGGCACACUCGGGGCCCACACGGACGGCAACUGUUGCAGCCCACUGUGCCCCAGAAGAGGAGCUGCUGAGUUGCUCCAGCUUCUCCAGGAGCGGGAGGCGACGGGGUGAUCGGAUAGAGACCACAGGGGGCCAGCAGGUCUGCAAGGCCCUCAAUGCAUUUGGGGGUGAGGGUGUCUACGCUGUCGCUAGGUGCUGCCUGCUUCCCCAUGCCAACUGUAGCAUCCACACUACCCCUGCUGCCAGAGCUAGCCUGGAGACCCAUGUCCGCUGCCGCCAGAAGGACCAUGUGCUCACAGGCUGUAGCUUCCACUGGGAGGUGGAAAACACCGGUAUCCUGCGGCAGGCUGUGCCAAGGUCCAGACAUCGGCCUGGCCAGUGUGUUGGCUACCAGGAGGCCAGCGUCCACGCUUCUUGUUGCCAUGCCCCAGGCCUGGAGUGCAAAAUCAAGGAGCAUGGGAUUUCAGGUCCUGCAGAGCAGGUCACCGUGGCCUGUGAGGCAGGCUGGACCCUGACUGGAUGCAAUGUUCUCCCUGGGGCAUCCAUCACUCUGGGGGCCUAUGCCGUGGACAACACGUGUGUGGCAAAAGCUCGUGGCACUGAUACAGCAGGCAGGACCAGCAAGGAAGCCACAGUAGCUGCUGCCAUCUGCUGCCGGAGUCGGCCUUCAGCCAAGGCCUCGUGGGAUCACCAGUGACAGUCUCGGGCAGGGAUGGUGCCUGCCACUGGUUGCAGAUAUACCUGCCUGGCUCUCCUGUAGCUGGCCACGGGUGGAGAGAAUCUUUCUGGGAGAACUUGGUGUCUCACCCUGGAUACCCCUUCCUGGUGUACGUGUAGGGAAGCCCUUACCUCAUCGUGGGGCCUGUGGUUGGCUCCGGCCAGCUGCUCUAGUUACCAGAGCCUGUAGGCACUUGCUGCAAGGAUUGCAUUCAGUCCUCAGGCCUCCAGGGUAUAUUUAUCCUGUGGGAAGGUAAUGAGGGAGACCCUUGGCUGUCCAGAGACCAAGUGCCGGACUGGGAAAUUGAGUGUGAAAGUUGCUGGGACCCCUUACAGCCUGCUCACAUUGGAGAGACUAUUUUGGGAUCCCUGAUUAAAUUCGGAUCAGUUCUGAACACAUCUAGGGGUGAUGAUGAAAUCUAGCCAGUAGUGGAUCCAGCCGUGAGGCCAUGGACAUCUUCCAGAUGUCAUCAUCUGUUGCACCCCAGGCUUUGGCCCUGCUCAGGAUAACUGGCUGUAAGCUCCCAGCUGACUUUGCACUUGAGAGCCACACAGUGCUUACCCCACCCCACCCCCACUACUACCCUGCACAGUAAAGACCGGCAGCCUUGCUUUGUGGAGGGAGAAGACAGGACCAGGGAGGGGAGUGCCUGGUGAUGUCACACAGCCAGUGGUGUCAGGACAUAAAUCCAGAGUGGUUGGCCCUGAAGCUAUGCCUCUUGGGAGUACCAGGCUGGGCACCCUAUUUCUGAAACAAAUGAGACAGAGGAAAGUCUGUGCUUCAGCAGUUUGUCCUUCCCAUGGCUACCACAGCCCCCACUCACAUGGACCGUGUGGAGAACGGCGAAGCGACAGAGGACUGACUGUGCCAAGGCCACACAAGCUGACAAGAUCACUUCUAUCCUCUCAGCUUCUUCUGCCUUUUUAUAGUAAGCUUUCCCUACUCGUAUUGCUUUUGUAACUUGAUAUUUAUUCUGGGUUUUGUAGAGUUUUUAUUACGUAGUGAGUUUUCAGAAUAAAAGCAGUUGAUGUGACUACCUGCA